GUUCAAUCUUUGUUUACCUCUAGUGUCCGUGUGUGCGUGUGUCGCUCCUGUCACUGCCUUUGCCUUGAGUGUGUGUGUGUGUAUGUGCGUGUGUGUGUAUGUGUGUGCCUGUGUUGGUACCCUGGUAAUACAGACUCCAUUUCACUCCUAUAAGGCAGAGAGACUGAAAGACUCCAUUCGAUAAUAGAAGGUUGGUCUCCAGCACAGGUCGACUCCUGAUUUCUGGCGAGGAAGUUAUGAAUCUAUGUGUACCCUGUAUGCAGGUGUACUGCCAACAUGAAGGGCCGCAACCUGUAACAUUCCGGGUGGUGGGUAAACACCAGCCAAGGAUAAUCCGGGUGGUGGGUAAACACCAGCCAAGGAUAAUCCAGGGACAAGGUUGGGGCAUCACCCACACAAUGUCUGAAGAGGAGGACUGCCAGUCACUGAGUGUGGGGGAGGAGCUUGCCACACGCCACCGCAAGGAAAAAAAGGAGCUGCAGGCCAAGAUCCAGCAGAUGAAGAAGACAGUGAACAAGGACAAGAAGAAGAAGAAGGAGGUGCUGGAGGAGAUUGCCCAGAUGGAGAAGGACCUCAAGCAGCGCCACUCAGAGGAGAUGGCUGACCUCAAGGCCUCCGAGGAUAAGCAGGUGAAUGGUGUGGGCAGUGAGGUGGCAGCCCUGUCCCUGGAGGAGGAGGAGGAGGGUGCCGGCCAAGACAACGAAGCCGAUUCACCACCACAGGAGGAGAAACCCACGGAGAAGAAGGUGAGCAAGGCAGAGAAGCGGAGGAAGAAGAAGGCAGAGGCGAAUCGUGAGCGCGAGGCGAGGAUAAAGGAGGAGAUGGCCAACAACAAAAACUGCGCCAGGAACGUGGAGGCCGAGAAGCUAAAGGAACUCCUCAGGGAACGACACCUCAAGAUGCACGAGAUUGAGCCUGAUGGAAACUGUAUGUAUGCAGCCAUUGCACACCAGGCCGGGAACAACACCACAGUCCCCGGAUUGAGGGCACAAGCUGAGCAGUUCAUUCGUAGCAACUAUAACGACUUUGCUCCCUUCAUCACUGAUCCCAAGACUGGCGAGAUGCUCAACCCAGAACAGUUCUCCGAGUACUGCGACCUCAUUGUCAAGACGCCAGCCUGGGGGGGACAGCCUGAGCUGCGUGCCUUGUCCCAGGUGCUGCAGAGAAGGAUAGAAGUACUGCAGGCUGAAGGCACCCCUAUUGUGUUUGGCGAGGACUGGACCCAGCACAAGACAAUCCACCUGGCCUACUACCGCCACUACUACGGCCUUGGGGAACACUACAACUCUGUCAUCGCCCUCAACCCUGUGGAAGCUUGACGUACUCAGACCACUUAGGAGAGAAAGAGUGUUAGAUGCUAUUUUAUCAUGACGUGGGUGAGAGAGAUAGAGAGAGAGGGUCAUAUUGUAUCUUAUCUUGUAAUCUGGUGGUUAAAGACAUAUAAUAUUUUGUGUUCACAUUAGAGAGAGAGGGUCAUAUCGCAUCUUAUCUUGUAUCCUGGUGGUUAAAGACGUAUAAUAUUUUGUGUUCAGAUUUUUCUUCUCAUUAUUAUUGUAGGAUAUAGUUGAGGAUAAGGUUUGUAUUUUUAAAUGUUUUGGCACAAUUUUUUAAACAUGGUGUUAGUAGUUACUAAUAUCAAUUUAGUUGAUUCUUAGUACAUCUCGUUUUUUUAAACCAUGGUGUUAGUGUGAACUCAAUGGAGGCGCCACAGAUUCCUAUAAUAAUUGUUUGUGUGUCCUGCCCCUCCUCAACAAGAAACACCAAUGAUAUUCAUGAUUCAUAUGCCAUUGAAAGAUAUUUAAAAAUAUAUAAUAUCAGUAUACUUCUGUGCUAAAGGAAAAUAGUAUCCAUCAUUGUAAGAUAAAGAGUAAGAUGUUUAUAAAUGCACACAAUUAUUACAGUUUUCAAGGUUGUUUUCAUUAUUCCAGUUUUCAAGAUUGUUCUCAUUAUUCCAGUUUCCAAAUGUUGUUUUCAUUAUUGUAGCAAUAGUUUAACAAGGAUUCUGCAUCAGUAAUGGGGAAACAAAUAUCACUGUUCAACUGUUGACAUGAGAUCUCAAAGCAUUUAAGAAUACAGGCUUAGAAUAUGAAGGAAUAUGUGUGUGUGUGUGUGUGUAUGUGUGUGUGUGUGUGUGUGUGUGUGUGUGUGUGUGUGUGUGUGUGUGUGUGUGUGUGUAUUAUGAUAUACUACAGGAGAUAAUACAUUACAGGCAGCCUCUCUUACAUACCUGUACGGCAGGAAGGAAUUGUGAUACUGAAGGCAAUGUUAGAGAAUUAAAUCAGAAUUAUACCUGAACAGUUCAAGAUUUUGUUGGUAUUUUAAGUACAAUUGAUCCUCUUUAAACUCAAAAUCAUGGUUCACCUUUCCUUUUAUAAAUACUCAAGCCUCUGAAAGAAUAGGUGUAGGUAGUUAAUGUCUUUAAAUCCCCAGAGUUACAUCAGUGGAAAUCAAGAGAGUGAAAAAUCAUAUGAUGUAAAUUUUCUUCUACAAAGUGUCCAGUUUAGAGGAAAAUGACUGGGUUGCCUCAGUGCCAUACAUCCUCACCUCUGACACAUGCUAUCACCACUGCCAUCUGGUGACUGGCUGUGGAUAAAUUUGGAUUGUUGUUGUGUGUAUCAUCAUCUUUCUUCCACAAGCAGGUAGUGAACUGUGUAUGUAGCAGCUGAGUGUUGUGAAAGAUAAAAGAUUGGGUCUGUAUUCUCAAAUGUUUCUUGAUUCAUUUUAACAUGCUGUAGUGGAAGUUAAUUGGAUUUUCAAGGGUGUUUUGUAUUCUGGUGAUAGUUUGAGGAGGACUCUACACCACCAAUGGGAAGAAACACUUGAAUGCCCAACUAAUCACUUGCACAGCCUUUGGAAAUAGUCCUGUUUCAUUUUAAUAUGCAGAGGAGGUUAAUUGUAUUUUCAAGGGUGUUCCAUGUUCUUCUGAUAGUCUCUGAUAAGAAAACACAAAUGAAUAUCCAGCUAAUCAUCUCUGUGGCCUUUGAAAAUAUUCCUUGUGAGAGAAGAAAGCAGCCAAGAUUACAGACCAUAAUCUGAUAAAAUACAGCUUGCUAUUAAUGAGUGUGUUCAUGAUUCUUGCCCCAUAAAUCAAGCUUUGGAAUUUAUCUAUACAUGUGCAGUGUGCAGAUCGGCAGCCACAGUGCAUGUCAAUUCCUACAAUCACUAAUCAUGUAUGUAUUCUGAUGCCUCUCCUCUGUAGCUUCUCAAAAGUACUGCAACAGCAUAAAUAUUCCCUUGCUUAUGACCUCAGAUUUAAUCCCUGCAAUACUAAUAUCUUUCCACUGCCAUCUCUAUCUGUAUUUGCUCUAUUUCUGACUGUCCAUUCUCUUUUUCUGUCUCUCUCAGCUCUUCCCCAAUCACCCACAUCAUUAGUGUUCUUCCUGCAUGUCUUCCCUGCUGUAAAAUAAUCUUUCCACUGCACUUUAUAUUCUCUUUCUCUGUCUGCCUAUCUGUCUCUUCCUUCUUAAUCACUCAUAUCAUCAAUCUUGUUCCUUUAAGUCUUCCCCACCACCUCAUUCAGCCUCCCUCUCUUCAGGUGACAAGAUUUCACCUCUAUGUUCACUUUUCUUUGCCAAGCUACAAUGCUGAAGCUGUGCUAAAAGAAAAACUUUAGUGUACAUGGUAAUCUAGAAAAUAAACACUAGUCUGGUUAA